UUCUUUGGUGGCGCUGGCACACAUGGCAUUCAGAGAUGUUGCUGUGGAUUUUACCCAGGAUGAGUGGAUGUUGCUGAGUCCCGCACAGAGAUCUCUCUACAGGGAGGUGAUGCUGGAAAACUACAGCAACCUCGUCUCACUGGGAAUUCCAUUCUCUAAACCCAGACUCAUCACUCAGCUAGAGCAAGAAAAGGAAACCUGGAAAGAAGAGAGAAGAUGCCCAUCAGCAACCUGUCUACUAGAACCAAAGCCAGAGCUCCAUGUCUGUGCUUUCUCCAGUCAGAAACUUCAUGUACAACAUGUGCUGUGUAAUCAUCCUCCCUGGAUCUUCACAUGCUUAUGCCCAGACAAUCAUGUCCAGCCAGGGGAUCCAUGUGUGGGAGACCAGAAGCAGCAGUCACAAGGGUCUGAUCAAAGUUCCUGGAGUGGCAAAGCAGAAGGUCAAGAGAAAGAAGGUAUCAGGCUUUGCUUUGGAAAGACCAAGAAAAGGACUUCAGGAGCCUUCUCCAAGCCACCACCAAGGCAGUUGAUCAGCUCUCAGAAUGAGAUCCAAGAGGUGGAAGAAACCAGCACCACUCAAAUGGGGAGCUCUUCAGAAACAGACCAACUGUUGAAGAGGGUAGAAGUCUUAGAAUUUGGGACAGUCAGCUGUGGAGACUGCGGACUAGGCUUCAGCAAGAUGAUAAACCUACUUAGUCAUCAGAGAAUACACUCUGGGGAGAAGCCUUAUGUGUGCAGUGUGUGUGAGAAGGGCUUUAGUCUGAAGAAGAGCCUUGCCAGGCACCAGAAGGCACACACAGGGGAGAAACCCAUUGUAUGCAGGGAAUGUGGGCGAGGGUUUAACCGGAAGUCAACGCUCAUCACUCAUGAGAGAACACACUCGGGCGAAAAGCCAUACAUGUGCAUUGAGUGUGGGCGAGGCUUCAGUCAGAAGUCAAACCUCAUCAUCCACCGGAGGACACACUCAGGAGAGAAGCCCUAUGUCUGUCGGGAGUGUGGGAAAGGCUUCAGCCAGAAGUCAGCUGUCGUCAGGCACCAGAGGACGCACUUGGAGGAGAAGACCAUCGUGUGCAGUGACUGUGGUGUAGGCUUCAGUGACAGAUCCAAUCUCAUCUCGCACCAGAGGACACACUCUGGGGAGAAACCCUAUGUCUGCAAGGAGUGUGGACGGUGCUUUCGGCAGAGGACCACUCUUGUCAAUCACCUGAGGACUCACUCAAAGGAGAAGCCUUACUUAUGUGGAGUAUGUGGGCGCAGUUUUAGCCAGAACUCCACCCUCAUUUCACACAGACUGACACACACUGGGGAGAAGCCUUACGUCUGUGGGGUGUGUGGGCGAGGCUUUAGUCUGAAGUCACACCUCAAUAGACACCAGAACAUUCACUCAGGGGACAAGCUUAUUGUGUGCCAGGAUUGUGGACGAGGCUUCAACCAGCAGUCGAAUCUCAUUAGACACCAGAGAACACACUCAGGGGAGAAGCCCAUGGUGUGUGAGGACUGUGGGCGAGGUUUCAGCCAGAAGUCAAACCUCAUUGCACAUCAGAGGACACAUUCAGGGGAAAAGCCAUAUGUGUGCCGGGAGUGUGGGCAAGGCUUCAGUCACCAGGCAGGUCUUAUCAGGCAUAAGAGGAAGCAUUUGAGGGAAAAGCCUUACAUGUGCAGGCAGUGUGGACUUGGUUUUAACACUAAGUCUGCUUUAAUCAUGCACAAACAGGCACAUUCAGAAGAGACUUGUGUCUGCAGUGUGUGUGGCCAAGGGUUUCUCCAAAAUUCACACCUCAUCUUACAUCAGACAACAUACCAGAGGGAGAAGCAGCACUUUAGCCACAAGUCACACCUCAGCAGACACAGGAAGAUAAAUUCCAUCCAUCACAGAUCUCUGCUCCAGCAUGAUCUGGAAGCCCUGUUGGGGCAAACCUCAGACCUCUUCCCACCUAUUUGUGAAAGUAAAGGGGGUGAUGAAAACUAGAAGUGGUCAAAGGACGUUUGGUUUCAAUUAAUUACUUCAUUCACACCAAAUCUUCAUGUUUUGUGGCCUUUUGCUAUAAUAAAGUUCUCUAUGAGAA